CAAAGUCAGCUUCUAUUCUAGAAUCCCCCCCAUACCGAGUCCAACACCGCAGCAGCACAUCCUCCCCAACCAGAGAACUCAGUGCCUGCAAAUGCCUAGUCCUUGCCCCUGAGCACAGUGGGGAGCCCGGGGCGGCACCUACCUCUGGCACACCUGCCUCCCCUCACCCCAACCUCCUGCAUAUGCACUGGCUCGAACCCUGGUCUCUCUGUAGGAGUUCGUGCUGCCCAGCCCCUGUUUUUCUCCAUGACCAGGUGAGCUUGCCAGCUGCCCCACCUCCCCUGGACCUCUAGCCACAUCAUGAAGAGUAGCACUAAGCGAGAUUCAAACCGGCGGGCAUUCAUGGAUCAGGUGCGGGAGUGCCGGGACAACGGCUACCUGCUGUCCUCCAAGAAGAUCGGCUCAGGAGCUUUCUCCAAAGUCUACCUGGGCUAUGCCACUCAUGAGAGAAUGCGUCAGAACUACAAGCUGUCCUCUGACCUGCGAGCCAAGCGCCACACCAUGGUGGCCAUUAAGAUAAUAUCUACAGCCGAAGCCCCCUUAGAGUACUCCCGGAAGUUCCUUCCCCGAGAGAUCUACUCACUCAAUGCCACCUACAAACAUCUCAAUGUGAUUCAGCUUUAUGAGACAUACCGGAACAGCCAGCGCUCAUACCUUGUUCUGGAGCUUGCAUCCCGUGGAGACCUGCUGGAGCACAUCAAUGCCACAUCGGAUCGGCGCUGCUGCCCUGGGCUGGAGGAGGAGGAGGCCAGAAGGCUCUUCCGCCAGCUCGUCAGUGCUGUGGCCCACUGCCACAACGUGGGCAUUGUUCAUCGGGAUCUCAAGUGUGAGAACAUUCUGCUGGAUGAUCGAGGGUUUGUGAAGCUGACUGACUUUGGCUUUGCUAAUCGGACCGCAGUGAAGAAUUCUCUACUGAGCACAUUCUGUGGCUCUGUGGCCUACACAGCCCCUGAGAUCCUCAUGAGCAAGAAGUACAAUGGUGAACAGGCCGACCUGUGGAGCCUUGGUGUGAUCCUCUACGCCAUGGUGACAGGGAAGCUGCCCUUCAAGGAGAGACAACCCCAUAAAAUGCUGCACCUCAUGCGCCAGAGCCUGGCCUUCUGGCCCAGCCUGUCCCAAGAGUGCCAGGACCUGAUCCAGGGUCUGCUUCAAUUGCGGCCAAGAGCCCGGCUGGGCCUGCAGCAGGUGGCUUCCCACUGCUGGAUGCUGCCUGCAUCCCAUGCCCUGUUCCACAAUGUGCUCAAUGCAAUGCCAGGGACUGAGGAGAAAGCCCUGAAGAGUAAUCUGGCAUCAGGCCCCCCCCUCCUUCACCUUGACCCCGUCACCCAAGAGGACCCCUCACUUCCACUCUGUGUUAUAGAGGAAUUGGAGGGAUCUGAACCACAGGACCAUGAAGCAGGAGCCCUGACCCCUGCAACCAUAAGGAUGCUUGAGGGGCCUUCUGAGGCCAGCCCUGAGCAGGCCCCAACGUGCGAGCUGUCAGCACCGGCCCUGAUCCGGCCACCCAGUUCCCUCUUCCAGCUGCCAUCUCCUCAGUUGGCACAGACUUUGGGUCCAGGUCCAGGUCCUGGCCCUGUAUCCCCACCCACUUGCCCUCCAUCAAUAGGUCGGCCUAGCAUACUGGCCAGCCUGAAGCCUAAUUUCCACAAGACUGGGAAUUUGCCAUCAUGGGGAGGAAUGGGAUCCCGGGGCCCUUCAGGGGGCAGCCUAGCUGGACCCAGUGCUUCCCAACAGAUUCUGUCCCUCUACUCCAUGUCUGUGAUUCGGAAAGCCCCACUGCACCGCCUGGUCAAUUGAGGGAAGGGGUUGGAUUGGGUAAGGGGAGUGGGGACAGGGACUAGAUAAAGUAUUUAUUCUGUCAGAGCUGCUGGAGAUGUCUCUGGGGAGGGCUGGUGGGAAGCAGCACAUGGAGUUCUGUGUGCCCUGCCCUGGACCAGGAACUGGGGGGACAAUGGAAGGGAAAGGAGAGGCAGUCUCCCUCUAACUUAGGGAAGGCUCUAAUCUAAUCUAAUAGGCCCAGCUUACAUGCAACCUCCUCAGAGAAUCAGAGAGUAGUAGAAAUGAACACCAAAGGCUGCCUAGAUGACCUCCCCAAACCACAACAGCCCUCCUUCCCAUGAAGCCUUCCACAAAGUUCUCAGCUAGAAGUGAUUUUCUCCUAUUAAUUCUAAUAACACCUCAUUUUGUAGGCACUUGAGAGAAAAGUAGUGAGCACCAAGAACUAGCACGGGUUCACCCAGAAAAGGCUGUAUAGGACUAACCUCAUUUCCAUUUUCAAUAGGAUUACUGGACUGGUAAGUCAGGGGAAGGUAAGGACAUAGUACAGGGAUCCCGAAAAUCUUCAUGCAGUUUUAAGCUACCUAACGCUGUACUAAGUUUAAAACUGCAUGAAAACUUCUGAGACCCCCCGAAUUAUGCCUGGAUUUCAGGAAAACACUUCACAAAGUCUUUCACGUUAUCUUUAUGGACAAACCUGAGGUGGACAAUAGCAUAGGUAGGGAGAUUCAAACCAGUAGAACAACCAGAUCAAGAGCAGUGACUAAUGGGAUCAUGGUCACUGUGGGAAAGCUCACGUUCUCAGUUUAUGCUGUUCUACAUUUUUAACCAAUGAUCUAGAUGAAGUCAUAGAAGCAAUGUCGAUCCGACUUAGAGAUGAUGAUGAUGAUGUGGCUGACAGGGAUUUGAAAAGGCUGGAAGAAUGAAC